UUAAGUUUUUAUCUCUAUUGUUUGCGAUAAUAAUAAACAACACAAGAAGGACCAUAUGUUCAAUCACGAUUCAGAGUGAUGAGUAAACAAAUCCCAGUACAUGCAUUAAAUCAUGAAGUCUGGAGUUGCAGUAGACGAAUAGUUCUAUGUAUUUCAACAACAACAUCGAUUAUGAAUUAUGACUAUGACUACCAGGAUGUGAGUUGUACUUUUCCUUACAUUUUUCACUUCUUACAACGUCUCUUUCAGGUCGAUACUUCCAAUUCGACGUUUAUCAAUACUAUAUGGAUAAUUCGGGAAUUAGAUUAUGUAAUACAAAGGAUUGCAAUUUUUCUACCGCUUGUAAUAUUGGGUAUAUAUGGGAAUGCGUUGGUUAUUUAUGUUUUAUGGAAAACUCCUCAUAUCCAGACACCGACAAACUUACUCAUAGCUAAUAUGGCAGUAGCAGAUUUACUAUCGCUUUUAAUACAUCCUUGGGUUUUUAUCACAUACGACAUUUUUCAGAAUUACCAGCUGGGGACUGUAGGAUGUCAUCUGGAAGGCUCCCUGGAAUGUGCAAUUUUAUUGUCAAGUGUUUUUAGUAUGUCGGCCAUAACUUACGAUAGAUUAACAGCUAUUCUUUUACCAAGAGAAACAAGAUUAAGCCUUAAAGGUGCUAAAAUAGUUAUGUUUGUCACUUGGUUGGCGGGACUUAUUUUGUCUUUACCGUUGGUUUUCUACAGAACUUACAAGACAAGAAAGUGGUUGAAUUUUGUGGAAAAGUAUUGUAAGGAAAACUCAAUGGUACUAAAUAUUUACUGGUACGUUAUUAUUACCGUUUUAGUCUGGAUACCAUUGUCCAUACAGAUAAUUUGUUACGUUUCAAUAUUCAUCAAGCUAAGAAAGUAUGAGAAAGUUGUAAUAAUGAAGUUCGAGCACCAUCAAGUGGGUUACAAAAAGAAAGCUGCAAAAAUGAUGUUCGUAGUGACCGUAAUAUUUAUGGUUUGUCAUUUGCCAUUCACAGGCCUGAUAAUAUACCGUCAUCAGUUAUUAAAAAACAACGGAAUGCCCGCAGAUAAUAACGAAGUCAAUUACCAAAACCAAAACGGCGGAUUUUAUCACAACUUAUGGUUUACGUCGAAGUAUUUAAUCUUUUUGAAUGGAGCGAUAAAUCCAGUGAUUUAUGGUUGUACGAACGAAAAGUAUCGGAAGGCAUUGCGCAAGUCCAAGUUGGCCAGUUGGAUGUUCACAAAUAGAAGGGAAAGAUCCAUCAUAGUUACGCAAAAGAAGGUUAAACCGGUGGAUACGACAACAAAACCAACAAUCUUUUUCAUUUUCAAGAGAAAAUUAAAGUACGAUACGGCGACAAGUAAUACCCAACAGGAAACGUGA